AUGGCAUAUGCCCUUCAGCCGUCGUCACAUGACGUUGAGGAACAGUCGUCUUUGAAUGUCAUUCCAAAAGUACGACGAUCGCCAAAUAGACCGACAAAAAACCCGUACGAAACUUCUUCGAAUCAACAGCACAGCGCAGAGUAUGCCAAUGGAGGAGAAACAACACUCCAGACAUCGCACGUGCGGACUAACACCUGGCUUUCACGCGGUAAUACCGUCUCCCAAGUUACAGUUGGGUGCAGCGGAAUGACGGUGGGAUCAGGUGUGCAUGAGCAACAGCCCUCACUUCGUAUUGGGGUUGUUCCUGAAGAAACCGACAAAAUGCGGGAUCGGAUGUUUAAUUCCAAUGGUAACUCCCCUUACUUUUCACCCGAUGCGUGGCAGGGUCCCGUGCAACCCCCAGCAGCAGUUUCAGGCAGCAAAACCUGGACAAACAGACCAUAUCUCAGUGUUACAGUGGCACCCCAAAUUGGGGAUUCAUUUGAUCGAAAGCUCAGUUGUGUUGCUUUUGACACAGCAACAGACCCUUACGCCGAUCCUGGCCUUGCUCGCGAUCACAGUGGAAUUCAAACGCCACAACAACAGUCAGAAAUGACGGCACCAUCGGCGCCAAAGUAUUUACGACAAACGCCGGUAGAAAAUAACCACCACAAGUAUGCGAAAUACCCUUCACGGGUACCGAAUCAAAACACAAAUUCUUUUUACGGAACGGAGCAAACCGGACAGACACAGAAUGCAGGUGGCGGAGGGUGGGGAUAUCGGGCACCAGAGUCUGAUAUUUACGGUGGCAAUUAUCCUGGCCAAGGAUAUUAUUCCCCAUCGCCCCACCAUUCGUACCAGCAACAUUAUCCGAAUCGUUACCAACAUCAACAUCAACAUCAACAGCAGCAGCAGCAGCAGCAACAACAACAACAACAACAACAACAAAUGCCUCCUUCCUAUUGUAAUCCUCAGCAGGAUCAUCAAAAUUGGCGCACGGGGAAUGAUGCUCGGUAUGGCUACAACGAUCCUAACAACUUUGUUUUAAAGCCCGGCAACUCUAAGUAUCCCGGAGGCGGUGGCAACAACAUGCCGAUGAUGCAGCCUUAUAACAACAGCAGCAACCCACAACUUACAAAUUCUCCAUCACCCAUGCAACAAUGGUCCGAUGGACCUGUAGAGCAUUCGAUGAGCAAUAUGUCAGGAAUGGAAUCGGGGUCGCAGCGAACACCCUCGUCUUAUUCUACGAGUAACAAUAAUAGCCUUGCUCGUUGUGUGCCGCCAGGACCCGUGGCAAGAGUUGGUGUUCCCCCAAAUGUAACAUCAUCUUUAGGCGCAAAUUAUGGUGGAAUGUCAGCCAAUUGGCGAGCGCAUUCAAGAUACCCCAACAACCCACAGCAACAGUCACAACAGCACACAGUUCCACCAGCCUACCGCCCUGGUGACGUUGGUGGCGGUUCUCCGGGACCAUACCAGCAAACAAAUUUGACAGGGCGUCGUCCAGACCACCCUGACAACUUGGGUAAUGAUCAAUACUACGGCCAUGCCCAAGUGAACCGUGAAUUUACCGCACAUCAGACAACAACAAAUGCACCAAGUUACUCCCAGCAACCCGGUUAA